AUGGCAGACAACGAGAAGCCGGGAAAUGCCCCCACGGCAUCUUCCAACCCUCCUCCAGCAGCAACGGAGGCUACAUCAAAGCCCGCUGGCCAGACCGCGUCGGAUGCGACAGCCAAUGGUGACGACGCCGAUCGCAGCAAGGAUUGGGACAACAGGCGCAAGCAGAAGGACAGGAGAGGGGGCCGUGGCGGUCGGGGAGGACGAGGCGGCCGAGGGGGUCGCGGUGGUCCCCAUGGUCAUGGUCGCGAUCGCGAUGGCUCAAGAGGCGAACAUGCCCUCAAGUCAGACCGACCCGACAAGACCCAGCGCCAGCGCCGGUUCGCCUCGACACUCACGACCGGCGAGGAUGGCGAGCCCAAGCAGACCAACAUGAGCAUCCCCUUCUCCGCCGAGGAGAUCGCCGCCGAAGACCGACUUCCCAAGCGCAAGGUCGCCGUGCUGAUCGGCUACGCCGGCACCGGGUACAAGGGCAUGCAGAUGAACCACCACGAGAAGACCAUCGAGGGCGACCUCUUCGCCGCCUUUGUCGCCGCCGGCGCCAUCGCCAAGAGGAACGCCGACGACCCCAAGAAGUCGAGCUUCAUCCGCUGCGCAAGGACUGACAAGGGCGUCCACGCCGCCGGCAAUGUCAUCUCGCUGAAGCUGACCAUCGAGGACCCCGACAUCGUCACCAAGAUCAACGAGAAGCUGCCUGAGCAGAUCCGCAUCUGGGGCAUCCAGAGGACCAACAACGCCUUCAACUGCUACCAGGCCUGCGACUCGAGGUGGUACGAGUACCUCCUGCCCAGCUACUCCCUCCUGCCGCCUCACCCCGAGAGCUAUCUGGGCAAGAAGAUCAUCAGCGCGGCCAGCGAGAAGGGCGUCGCCGAGGAACACUUCAAGCCCUGGGACGACAUCAAGGACUUCUGGGCGGACGUGGAGAAGAACGACAUCCAGCCUAUCCUCGCCAAGCUGGACGACAAGACGCGGGAGGAGGUCAUACGGACCAUGCACAAUUCUACGGAAGAGGAGGCACAGCCUGAAGAGGAGGACAAGGAACCGUCGUCCACGAAGCGGAAGGCCGAUGACGAGGCCGACCCUGACGUUCCUUCAAAGAAGAACAAGACUGAGCAGGACAGCACUGUUGAAAGCAACGGGCAAAUCGACACAAAGGCUGAAGGGCAAGGAGCAGAGGCCAAGCAAGAAGAGGAACCCGCAGCAAACCCGGACCAGAUGGACGUCGAUGAGAAGCCAUCCGAUGCCCCGCCAAAGGAUGCCGGCGACGCACCCACAGCGAAGCCCAAGUACCAGCCCACACCAGUCGAGCUCGCACUGCGGGAGAUCAAGACGGCGUACGUAGCGGCCAAGCGCAGGUACCGGGUGACGCCGGCGCGCAUCCAGCAGCUGCAGGACGCGCUGGACCAGUACCGGGGCACCAACAACUUCCACAACUACACCAUCAAGAAGCCCUUCAAGGACCCCUCGGCCAAGCGCCACAUCCGCUCCUUCGAGGUCAACCCGUCCCCCAUCCAGAUCGGCGACACCGAGUGGCUGUCGCUCAAGGUCCAUGGCCAGAGCUUCAUGAUGCACCAGAUCCGCAAGAUGGUCGCCAUGGCCGUGCUGUGCGUGCGCUGCGCCACGCCCAUCUCCACCAUCAGGGAGAGCUACGGCCCGACGCGCAUCUCCAUCCCCAAGGCCCCCGGCCUGGGCCUGCUGCUCGAGCGGCCCGUGUUUGAGAGCUACAGCAAGAAGGCCGAGUCGGCCUUUGACAGGGAGCCCCUCAACUUCACGAGGUUCGAGAAGGAGAUCGGCGAGUUCAAGCAGAAGCAGAUCUAUAACCGCAUAUAUGACACAGAGGAGAAAGAGAACUCAUUCCACAUCUUCUUCCACCAGCUGGACAACUUCGAGACGGACUCGUUCCUCUGGGUCACCGCACACGGCUUCGAGGCCGCCUUCCAGCCCAAGGAGCGGCGCGACCCCAAGCUCGAGAAGGCCAUGCCCAAGGAGUUGCAGGAGGAGGAGGAGGGCGACGAGGACCCCGAGAACGGCGAGGGCUAG